CUAUAAAAAAAACUUUCAGUGUAACUAUCCAGAAAGGUUAUUUUAAACAUCUGGGUAUUUCUCAGGACCACGAUCUACAGUUUCUUUAUAAUCUCGUGUAUGAUUUUUUUUUAUAUUAAACUCACUAGAUUGCACAUUCGAUUACAACUCUAUCAGGUAUUAAGAUGCUAGCGUUGUACGCCCUGCUCCUCUGUUUGCCGGCGGUCAUUCUGGGCCAAGACCUACAUGCACUUGCUAACCAAAACUUUGACCAGAUCGAUAUAGACAAGGAUGGCUUCGUCCUUCUUUAUGAAUUUGAGCAGUUCUUCAUGAGGAUGGACACCAACCACGACAGUCGUGUUUCCAGACACGAGUACACCGUCCAGGUCACAAACAUCUAUGGCCAUGACCCUCAACUCAACCACGUGAUGCACGCCCUGUACGACGAGCUGGACAUCAACAGUGACCACCACGUGGACACCGUGGACAUUGACACCAUCUUCGACAUCGCCGAUAAGGACAACGAUGACCGCGUCAACAGAGAAGAGUUUGCUGAAUACUUUGUCAGAGCCAUACAAAUUGCUACUGGUAAAUAGACAGCAGACUACAAAUAAGUCUAAACUUUAGAUGUCUAGUCAUGAAGAAUGACAACAAUGUUUAUUGGUAAACAAUAAAAAGAGACUUAGUGAAUUUUA